AUGGGUACCCAGAAGAAAGAAAAGCAAAGAAGAGUUAGGGAGAAUGACACCAGAGAUGGUAAUCUCCGUGUCAAGGGAGAGAAUUUCUACCGUGAUGCCAAAAAGGUCAAGCAUUUGAAUAUGUACAAGGGUGGUAGAGCUAUUCGUAAUGCUAAGGGUGAAAUCCUUAAGGCUGCUGUUUUACAAAGCACUGACACUCCCAAUGCUAGAGUUGAUCCCAACAGAAAGUGGUUCGGCAACACCAGAGUUAUUGCACAAGAUGCUUUGGCUCACUUUAGAACUGCUAUGGGUGAAAAAAAGAAUGACACAUACCAAGUCUUAUUAAGAAGAAACAAGUUGCCAAUGUCUUUGUUGGACGAGAAAGACCACACUGAAUCCCCAACUGCUAAGAUUACCGAGGUCGAAUCUUAUUCUCUGACUUUCGGACCUAAGCAACAACGUAAGAAGCCAAGAGUUGCUGCAUCUUCGUUGGAAGACUUGGCCCAACUUACCGAAGCUGACUCUACCGCUUUCCAGGAAAAGCAGGAGUUGGACUCCACUUUGGGUUUGAUGGGUGGCUCCAUUUUGGAUAAGGACGAUUACACCCAAGAAGCCAAGGAAGCUAUUUUCCACAAGGGUCAAUCCAAGAGAAUUUGGAACGAGUUGUACAAAGUCAUCGACUCUUCUGAUGUUGUGAUACACGUUUUGGAUGCUAGAGACCCAUUGGGAACUAGAUGUGAAUCGGUUGAAAAAUACAUUAGAGACGAAUGUCCACAUAAGCACCUUAUCUACGUCUUGAACAAGUGUGAUUUGGUCCCCACCUGGGUUGCAGCCGCAUGGGUUAAACAUUUGUCUAAGAACUAUCCAACUUUAGCAUUUCACGCCUCGAUUACCAACUCAUUCGGUAAAGGUUCUUUAAUUCAAUUGUUGAGACAAUUCUCAUCUUUGCAUUCAGAUCGUCAACAAAUCUCUGUUGGAUUCAUAGGAUACCCAAACACUGGUAAGUCCUCCAUUAUUAACACUUUGCGUAGAAAGAAAGUGUGUCAAGUUGCACCAAUUCCAGGUGAGACCAAGGUCUGGCAAUAUAUCACUUUAAUGAAGAAAAUUUUCUUGAUUGAUUGCCCAGGUAUAGUGCCACCUUCCUCCAAAGAUACCGAAUCUGAUAUCUUAUUCAGAGGUGUUGUUAGAGUUGAGCAUGUUUCUAAUCCUGAACAAUAUAUCCCGGAUAUGUUGCGCAAGUGUGAAAGAAAGCAUUUGGAAAGAACUUACGAAAUUAAGGGCUGGUCUAAAUUCGAGGAGGACCCAUCAUUAUUAGAGCAGGCAAGUAACGAGUUCAUCGAGAUCAUUGCAAGAAAACAGGGAAGAUUGUUGAAGGGUGGAGAACCUGAUGAAAGUGGUGUUUCCAAGCAAAUUUUGAAUGACUUCAACAGAGGUAAGAUCCCUUGGUUUACUGCUCCUCCAAAGGAUGAAGAGGAAAGAUCCGGCGAAGAUAAAAAGUCUGGUUAUAAGAGGAAGAGAGCUGAGAAGGAGGAGAAGGACGAUGCCAAGAGAGCAAAGGUUGAAGAAGCCUACGCUAACGAAGCAGAGGAGAGUCCUUUAGCAAACGAGGAGGCUUAA